AUGUUACUAUGGGACCGACAAGACUGUAUUCCCCUGAGAAGAAUUUUAUCGGAAGACGACAUAAUCGUACUGCUCACGCCUGUUGUUAUUCCUCACAACAGAUUCGCAGACAACGACAAGGAUCCCUUCGAACCGUUGGGCCGUGCCAUUGCUUCGCAGCACCCAUUGGUCCGCCAUGUGCCAUAUACAAAAAGAGGCGGCAUCACCAACGUUCACUACGAGUUCAUCAAAAGGGCAAAAGCCAUCGUUUUUGUCAUCUCUGGAGCUCAUGUGGACGAUGAUGUCUCGCAAAUCGACUUGGCCGAUGCCGCACGAACAAUGGCAGACGAGCGACCGCAGAUCAUAGUAGCUUGCUGCAACCUCCAAACCCAGAACCUACACGUCGACCACUUUGCAACGCUUGUGCAAAUCGCAGGCUACUCGCCAUCUGAGCUAGAAGCUGCUGCUUCCAUCAUCUUUGACGACGUUCGUCCACCUACCAUCAGCUCAGUUCCCGUACAAAACCUCAUCAUCGCCCCAAGAACUUGGGAUGUCGAAGUCUGCGGUAUAGACAUGGGCCCUAUCCAUCAGUUGUGGACGGAAUGCCUUCCACCCAAAUUUCACCUUCCGCAGUACCAGCUUGUCCUGCUCCUCCAGAGAGAUGGCUUUUCCAGGCACUAUGUCGUGCGCGAACCAGAAAACAAGCAGAUUGUGGGCUUUUGCGCUACAUUUACCACGUAUCCAGAUGGGGGGCAAGAGAAUCUGCUCGGCUCGGUAGCCGUAUUGAUUGUCAAAAACCCAUACCGCGGAAGAGGUGUCUCAGACUGGCUCCUCAAAUUCGAAGACAUGCCCGCAAAGAGCUUUUCGUCAGCUGGACUGACUUUCAGGCGAUGCGACAUGAUGGAGUACCACCAGGUUCUAGAAAUCGUCAGUCGAGACGUGGCUCGCAAAGAUAAUAUGGGAUGGUACGACCAAUACUGCAACCUGGACGGCACAUCUCACAUUGAGGAUGUCGUUCUCGGUCUGGAAGGUGACACUAUUGUAGCUGUUGCUUUGACCUACAUUCCCAAUUCUGGGAGUCCAGCCGGCAACGACCUGCCGUGGGCGAAAGCCAUUGGCGCGGAUGCGGGGGGAGUAACCUGCAUUUGCAUCAUAGAUGACCAUCCGGAAAUGGUGAACAGUCGGGACUCUGUGAUGAUCAGGCUGCUCGAUACGUGUGUCAAGUUGUUGGCUGAGCAAGGCAUGCGACAACUGUUCAUCGACGGCAUGAAAGGAGGGGAUGACGGUUUCCAAUCUCUGGAUCCCUGGUCACAGGUACCGUCUUUUUUGGUGUCAGAAAUGCACGUUGGAUCACACCCAGAAAAGGCUUAG